AUGGCUGCUUUCGGAGGACGUUUAGCCGGCGGCUUGAGCAUGAGCUCGCUCGCCCGGCAUGGACUCUCAACCACAUCAUCCUCACUUCGACCAUUAGGCCUCACAGCGGCUACCCAACUUCAUUUGACGAGAAACAACAACAACAACCCGGUUUCAUCAGUUCCCUCACAACGACGACCCUUUGUCAACGAAGCCGUCACCACCGUCGAGCAGCUCCUCCUCGCCGCCCAAGCCAACCUGCACAUCCCUUGGUACAUCCUGAUCCCCGGCUUCGGCGCCGCCAUCAGCCUGAUCUUCCGCGUCCCGGCAGCCAAGUACACCCAGCGGCUCGCCCAGCGGCGGGCCCUGCUCAAGCCGGUUCUCAUGGCCUGGGGCCGGCGGCACUUCCACGACGUCAACUACGCGAAGCAGGUGGAUCCCGUCAGGAACGAUUUCGUCCUGCGCGUAGAGAUCAUGAAACGGAUGGAACGGACGAGCAAAAGGUUGAUGAAGGAGUGGGGCGUGCAGCCGUGGAAGCAGUUCGUUCCGUUUCUAGCUUUCCCGGGCUGGCUGGUCGGUAUCGAGGCUUUGAGGAGGCUGUGUGACGGGCCGGUUGGCUUGUUGGGUAUUUUUUUGAAUAAGAAUUGGAAGGUGGAGGCAGAGGCGGCGACGGCGGCUUCGAAGACGACGGAGACCGCGCCACAAGGGACGCUCGAGACGGUGAUAGCAAAGGCGGCGGAAGCUACACAACAAGCGGUAUCACAAGCGACUGAGGCGGCCACCAACGCCGUCACGGAAGCAACCACCACCACCACAACCACCACCACAACCGCCGACACCAUUGUCAACCCCCUAGCCAACACAUACCUCCCCGACUCCCUCUCCGCCUACUUCCAAAACGCCCUCCCGACUUCCAUGGAAGGCUGCCUCUGGUUCCCCGACCUCAUGGCCGCCGACCCCUUACACAUCCUCCCCUUCAUCCUGUCGUUUACCAUGUUCGUCAACGUGAUGCCUCGCACCCGAGAAGGAUGGCUUCGUCUACUUAACCCAGGAACAGAGGUCGCCGAGCCCAAUCCCCACAACAUUGGCGACCAGGCAUCCCAGAUCAAGGUGCAAAAAUCCAUCGGACUGCGGAUGCAGCGGGCUUUGCUGUUGCUGACGCUGUUGGUGGGGCCCGCGACCUUCAACUUGCCGGCGGCGCUGCAUCUGUACUGGAUCACGACGAGUCUGACGAGCAACGCUAUCACUUCGGUGGUGGCGGCCAAGAUGCCGUUGCCGCCGUCUCUGGGACCGGCCAGGGGGAGGGGCGAUGAUGCGUACGUGAGGCCGAAGCUGCCGGGAUUGGACUGGGAGCCGGAUCCGACGACCAAGAAGAAGAACCAUUAUAAGCAGAACACAUGA